AUGUGUGAUCAAGGCACUCGUCUUAUUAUCGCUUGGGAUCCGUCUGUUUUGUCCUUGAUAAUGAUUGAGCAGCACUAUCAAUAUGUGAAUGGUGAAAUUAGGAUUAUUGGUCUCCUUGAGCCUAUUUUUAUUACCUUUGUUUAUGGGUGUAAUACGGGAGCGGAAAGGCGGGACCUUUGGAGGGAUAUUGGUAAAUUCAAUGCUUUUGUUCAAAGGAAAGCAUGGGUUGCGAUGGGUGAUUUCAACUCAAUGCUUUUUCCUCAUGAUGGUUUGGGAGGUUCUUCUAGACAUAACUCAGAUAUGGAGGAGUUUCAUCUUUGUCUGGAAGAGGUUGAACUUUUUGAUAUCACGUAUCAGGGGUGCCAAUUUACAUGGACACAUAAACCUACUGGGGGUGACGGUGUAAUGCGUAAAUUAGAUCGUAUUUUGGGAAAUUCUGCUUUCAUUGCUAGAUUUGGGGAUGCCUCGGUUUUCUUUGAACCUAGGGGGAUCUCAGAUCAUUCUCCGGGAAUUCUUUCUUUCAAAGUUGGUAGGCGUCUUCAUCAACGUGGUUUCAAAUUUUAUAACUUUGUGACCUCUCAUGUGGAUUUCCUUAAGUCCGUGGAGGAGGUGUGGAAGAAGCCUCAGAGAGGUUCAUAUAUGAAGAGAGUGCUUCGGAAAAUGCAAGAGAUGGAAGGGGUUUGUCGUCGGCUCCGAAAUUCUUAUGGGUGUUUGGAUAAUCAAGGAGAGGAAUGA